UUCCAUUAUACACAUUCCGUCAACAUGUCAUACUCUAGAGUCGACGGCAAGGAUACCAUUAUUUUUGUUGAACCUGAAGAACACAAGGAGGAAACCAGCCCCUCUACGGAAUCACAAGCUGAAGAAGGUCAAGCUGCAGCCUUCGACCCAGAGACGGGUGAAAUCAACUGGGAUUGUCCCUGUCUAGGAGGAAUGGCUCAAGGCCCGUGCGGCGAGCAAUUCAAGGAAUCAUUUUCAUGCUUUGUUUACUCUACUGCUGAACCCAAGGGCGUCGACUGCGUAGAAGCAUUUAGAUCUAUGCAGGACUGUUUCAGACAACACCCUGAUGUCUACGGCAACGAGAUUGACGAUGAUGAUGAUGAAGAGGAGGAGGAGGAUGUCGCUAAGAAGGAAGAGGAGACAGCUUAAAUGACUGUGUUUACCAAAAGAGACAAUAAUAAACUUGUAGAUUAUAGAAUGUCGAGGAAAAAAUGUCUGACUUGGGUUGGUAUCAGGGAUUUUUUUUUUCUCAUCCUUCUUGUCAGACACGACUCCGCGGCACCCCAUUGGCCAGGUACGACAAUUGGAUGCAUACCUAUUAAGUAUAAUAUCAUCAUCAUCAUCA